AUGUCCACUUCUGACAGCACCGCGCAUGUCCACGGUCUCUGUGUGCAAGACAAUGAGCACCAUCUUGUGGGGAUGAGUGAGAAGCUGCCGUCUCAGCUUGCCGAGUCAUGUGAGGGGCCCUUCUUUCUGUGCGCUAUUUUUGGCACUGGCUGGGGCGCCGCCACGACACUUUUGGCGGGAGCCGCAGGGUCGACAAUGGUCGACAAAAAGUUCUUUUGGAAGGCACUAAAAACACCAUGUCUCACAUACAACAGCGUUGCAACUCUCGACGGCCUUGCGCGCUCGCAAGUGCGAGCAAAACGUGAAUACUGA